GGCUCCAGCUUCUCGGUAGAUCCUCAGUCAGUCCGGAGAGGAGCAGAACGUCGCUGAACGUCAUCUAUCAUGGCUGUUCAUAUCGCUUGUGGAUGAUUAUUUCAAAGAAAAGUCUCCAGCCAGCAGCGAAUCGACUCAGACUAAACCGGGCGUCUUGUAGGAGUGAAUUUCUGCUCGGCAUCAUGGGGAACCAGCUGACGGACAUGGCUCCCAGCACGCCGUUCCUGCCGAGCUUCCAGUGCCUGCACGUGGUGAUCAUCGGCCUCGACUCGGCCGGGAAAACCUCGCUGCUGUACCGGCUCAAACUCAAGGAGUUUGUGAAGACCAUCCCCACCAAGGGCUUCAACACGGAGAAGAUUAAGGUGUCGGUGGGGGGGUCCCGGGCCGUCAACUACCAGGUGUGGGACGUGGGCGGGCAGGAGAAGCUGCGGCCCCUCUGGAAGUCCUACACCCGGCGCACGGACGGCAUCGUGUUCGUGGUGGACUCCACCGAGCUGGAGCGCAUGGAGGAGGCCCGGGUGGAGCUGCACAAGAUCAGCCGCACCUCCGAGAACCAGGGRGUGCCCGUGCUGGUCCUGGCCAACAAGCAGGACCUGGACUCGGCGCUGUCCGUCGGCGAGGUGGAGAAGCUGCUCUCCGUGCACGAACUCGGCACGUACACGCUGCAGCACGUGCAGGGCUGCAGCGCCGUGGACGGCCAGGGGCUGCAGGCGGGCCUGGAGAAACUCUACGAGAUGAUCCUGAAGAGGAAGAAGGCCGUGAAACUCAACCGGAACAGAAAGAGAUGAGCCCGGAGCGCGGGCAGAACCCGAGGACUUUCAUUCAUUGUUGGGACACUUUCGAGCGUAAUGACACUUUUUUUUCUUUUCCUUUUUUUUACGGGAGAGUGAUUUUGCCAACAAAACAAMGCUUCCAAACCGCCUUCGGGUCGGCAGAAAUGGAUGUGCUCAUAAAACCGAAGCAGUAUUGACGUUGUUGGGGGUGCAGUCGUGCAGCUGCGCUCAGGAGGCUGAACUUAAAGAGAUAUUGACAGCAGUUAGUCAUCACUAAGUGCUUUUUCAGACUUGAUUUAAAGAUUUCUAACAAGACGUUCAGAUUUAACAUAGAAACACGUUCGUACGUCACAUUUCUAGAGAUGUUGCUAAUUUAGAAAUCCUGUUUAUUCCCUCACUGGCUCGCACAGAUGUUCCCCCACCAAAUGACUAUUUUUAUUCCACCUUUUUUUUUCCACCACAAGAUAUUUAUUGAAUGCUCCAAUAUGUUUGUGCCAGACGGAGGGGAUUUUUCUUUUUUCUUUCUUUUUUAUGCUAAAAAUGUGAAAAAUGAAGCAGUGUUCCAGAGUAUCGAAAACAUUUAGUUUCUUUACUGUGAAAGAAGGCAGCUUCUUCCUGUUAUGAGCACAGAUGUUAAGUUUCAGUUGGUGUAGAGUUCCAGUGUUAAUACAAAUUGUACAUUUUUGUAAAUCUACAGACCUAAUAAAUCGACGCACUGAAUAGAAAAUUUAAA